AUGGGAAAGUUCCAUAAAGCAUCCUCGGAAGGAGCUGAGAAGGUUUCGCUUAAGGCUCUUAAAUAAUGGAAAACAGCUUUCGAGCUUCUUUUUCAUAACCUCCGAGGAUCCUUUUUGAAUCCCGUGAGUCGGGGGGCCGAUGCAAAUAGCUACCUGAAAUUCGUGAUUGCUACCGGAUAGUCUGGAAUUGCUUCCCGUGUGGCUAUUUUUUGUUUCAGCGUCCGCCAAUAAGAUCCUGGAAGACUUGGAGAGGUUUUAAAAAAACACUGGUGCUAAAUAAACAAACAAUGUGCCAGCAAUCGCGAUUCUCAGGUACCUACCCGGUAGCAUCCAGAUACCGAUCAGGUACCAUAGAGAUAGUACCCGGUCGCAUACAAAUGACCACCGAUUACGAUACGCCGAUUGGCUGAGUUGCUACCCGAUACCUACUUGUAUCGACAUCCCGACUCACCAGUUUAUAUAUUCUUUUUAGUUGCUUUCCGGCAUUUUUUCAAUAAAAGUAUCUGUUGAUUAGAAGCUUUUUGAAAGAGCCUUUCCGUUUUGCCCGAAUUAAAGAUCGAAAGUUCAUAAAAGGAAUUUUGAGGAUGAGCCGAAAGUCUUCUAGCAGCGAUAGUCAGAGCAGUCCACCCAACAUCGUCGCUCAGUACGAUACUGUUGAGGUGGGGCCCAAUUUUCGAAAUGAAACACUGAAGGAAUGUAUUUCCGCAUUUUUUAGUUCACAAAAUCUUCAGUUUUUGAUCGAGUCAAAGUUCGAAAUUAUUUAUCGGCUCAUUAGGCUCAAGCCAGUAUUUUUCCGACACGUGCACGAUCUUUCCAUAAGUUGACAAAGACUGUACAAAUUUUCAGAGAACAGCUUCCAAAAUGCGAUUAUGAAUAGAAAUCUUAACUAAAAAUUAUUUUUCAGGAAGUAGAAAUCCUCGAACCUCCAGUUGUCGCACCCAGGGUAUUCGAUUCUUAUAUUUCUCAAAUUAUAUUCUUGAUCCGCUGAGAUUCGAUUGCGAAAAAGUUGAAUUUUGGUUUUUUUUUUUUCAGGAAAUCGAAGUUCUAGCUCACGCCGAGGAAGUCCCACAAACUGUAGGUUUUUUCUAUUUUUUGUUCGAUCGUUGCUUUGAAAUUAUUAUGAAAAUGAAUUUCAUUAUUGAUUCAAAAGUUUGAGGACAUCGAAGCGCCUCCAAGAAUACGACAUUCUAUCCAGAAGACGGUCGGUUAAUUUUUUUCAUUCUUUGUUCGUUUUUCAAUGAGACAGUUUUAUGAGCCGGUUUUCAAUAAAGCACCUGUAGAAAAGCACUUUCAUUUUUGAGUACCACAUAAAUUGAAAUUUGAAAGAGACGUUGUGAUAGGUUAUCAAUGGAGCAUCUUUGUUAGGAGGUUUCGUCGCUGCCUCUGCCGCAGCAUCCGGCCGUGACGGCCUACGCGGUCGAGCCGGCCACGCCCGUCGUCGGCGCCGGAGUGACGUCAGGGGCGAGUAGCGGGAGCGGUGGUGGAAAGAAGGGACGGGGAAACUCAGCUGAUCGCAGGUUCCAGGAGCGCAUCAUUCUUGAAUAGAUCCUUCAAUCACUGAUUAUCUUUUUUGAACGGGAGUUGUUAUAUUUCUCUGAAAAGAGCCCCUGCAAUGUACUACAAGAAAGCUUCGAAAUCUCUUUUUUUUGAAAGCGAGACAUUUGCCAAUUUUAGACUUUUUAUUGACAAUUUAUUGAAAUUUUUAUGUGAAAGUUAACCUUGAAAGUUCCAGCUUCCUGUAAAUUUUUUUUUAAUAGGGUUUCUGUUUGAGGAAGAAAUCUAGAAAACAAAUUUUAAUAAUCAUGACACAAGAAAAAAAAAAUCGUAUUUUCAAAAGUUGAGUUCAGAGAUGGGCCCGCCGACGAAUCAAUGGUUUUCGACCUCAAUGGAGAGCCGAUCAAGCCAGUGAUGGCUCACAAAAUGAACAUGCAAGAUCGCGAUUUGAAUCAUUCUGCUCAAUUCUUGAACGUAUUUUUCUCUCUCUUUUCCCGAAGAUGAGAGUUUCAAACAUUCAGAACAAUUUCUUCGAAAUUUUCGCCGAACCCGGGGAACAAUAUCACAGUAUCGCUUGUGUUUGGACCGUCAGCUACAGGGUUUGCAACAAAAAUACACCUUUCCGAAAAAUUUUAAUUUUUAGUUCUUUGAAAUCACCAAAAUCUACACCUACAAGAUUCUUUCAUUAUUGUUUGGAAUUAUUCUAGCAGUUCUGGCUGGUUUCCUCUUCGCUCUUUUCACUUUCCUGAAUGUGUGGGUUAUUCGAGUGAGUUUUUUUUCUCAUUUAAUCUGCUUCCUUUGAAAUAAACGGUUCCUGGGGCGUGUUGGCUCAAAUCAGCAGAAAAUCGAGAAAGUAUAGAAUUUUAGCCUGUUCUGUUCCUGGCACGAACACUUCUUCAUCAAGUUCUAUACAUUUGGCCCACUAUCGUCGUCUACGUUCUUCGGCCAUGUUUCUACGCCACCGGAGCCGUAUUUUCUUCUGUCCGACUGCACCAAACAAGUGGAACGGUCAUUCGGGAAGUAUGGGAGGACCACGUCCACACCGUGUGA